CAAACCUCCUCCCAGCAUCCGAUCCCGUCUUCAGUCCAACCUUCCCGUCGAAAGGAAUCUUCCACGUUUAGCGCUUUUUAUUCUCACGGUCCAUCUGUGUACGGUUUUUAUUUCCUGCCACUCUACCUAUUUACAACGUUACUCUUCCGACUAUAGAAAUCAUGGCCUCCAGAGCCGCAGCAGGCGCCCGUCCUGGUGCCAGAUUCGCUCAGUUCAAACUUGUCUUGCUUGGAGAAUCCGCUGUUGGAAAAAGUUCGCUAGUAUUGAGAUUUGUCAAGGAUCAAUUCGAUGACUACCGGGAGUCGACAAUUGGCGCUGCCUUCUUAACACAAACCAUUUCCCUGGACGAAAGCACGACGGUCAAGUUCGAAAUAUGGGAUACCGCCGGUCAGGAGAGAUACAAGUCGCUAGCUCCGAUGUACUACAGAAACGCCAACUGCGCAGUAGUUGUUUACGACAUCACACAAGCUUCGUCGCUGGAUAAGGCCAAGUCGUGGGUGAAAGAGUUACAACGCCAAGCGAACGAGAACAUUGUCAUCGCCCUUGCGGGUAAUAAGCUUGACCUUGUUACAGAGAACCCAGACAAGAGAGCUAUCCCAACCGCAGAUGCCGAGGCCUAUGCACGUGAAGCUGGCUUGCUUUUCUUUGAGACAUCAGCGAAGACUUCCUCGAACGUACGGGAACUGUUUACAGCAAUUGCGAAAAAACUUCCUCUCGAUCAAGCCGGGCCUCGAAACUUGCGCACAAACCCCCGUCCGGGUGUGGACUUGCGCCCAGAGGCCCCUGGCACUCAGGGCGCCAACUCCUGCCAAUGCUAAAUUUUAACCACAAGCUAUCGCCUUUGUCUCGCUGUAUCUCUCAUGUUCGCAUUCUUUCCCCCCGUCUUUUUCAAUUAUUUUUAGAUACGGAAGGUGCACGUCUUCAAGGUUAUCUAUGAGACUCUUAUGGGCCACUACCAAUAACUUAAACCAGAAUGCUUAAUUAUCUAUCGGUGUCGUGAUGAUCAUGGGCAUGACCCAGAGGAAUUAUGUGAGGAUUCAGUCGUCGCUGUGGGACCGAAUGCGAUUGCUUCGCUGAUCUCAGUCACCAUUUCUCUUUCAUUUUUUCCGGCCAUGAUAUUCGAUUGUAGCUACUUAGUGAGAAGGGAGUCGGAUAUCGUGCAAAGGUCUAGUUGGAUCUGGCUUUCUAGACAUUAUGCAGCAGGACUGUGCCUGCGCUUUGUGCUUUUCCUUUACAUAUCAGUUGCCCUUAUUUUAUUUUAUUUUUAUUUCUU